AUGGCCCGCACCGGAGUAUACAACGCUGGCUCGAGCCACAAGACCGCAGUCUCCUCCAUCGUCGAGCAGAUCGACAACGACACUUACCGGCAGAUGAAGGAUUUCCACAACCACUCCAAGGAGUGUAAGCCCUGCCGCAACCCCGUGAUUGCCUACCAGCAGGGACGGGAUCUCUGCACGACCGGCCGAACCCUCUGCAUUGCAAUCACCAAGUUGCUCUACAAGAAGGCCGAGCACGUUGGCGUCUUCACCGUCGACUACAAGAACGGCUGGGAGGCUGUCGACGGCCUGAUCCGCAUCAUCGUCCACUACAACCAGGGCUACUUCUCGACCGAAAUCGUCGACAUCAAGAAACGCGAGGCGGCUCCCGCUCCCGUGCCCACCAUUGAGGCCCCUCCUCGUGGCUCCCAAUGGGAGGAGGACACCCGACGGCGCGAGCAGGCGGCUCGUUCCAGGCACUCAUCGAGCCCCCGGACCAGCAACACCGGCUUCUCUCACUACAGCGGAAGCCCCCGCAACAGCAACACCAACGUCGCUCAUUACGGCGGCAACCCUCGGACUUCCUACCUCGACACCAGCACUGCCCAGACUCAGGCGGACGUCUCCCCUGCCAGCUCGCACCGCAGCGUGCACUUCGACUCGCAUGUGCAUGUCCGCGAGUUCACCAACCCCUAG